AUGACUUCAUUGAUAAAGAAUCAUACCUGGGAUUUGAUUGAGAAACCGGAAGAUGCCAGGGUUGUAGGCAGUAAAUGGAUCUUUACAGUGAAAUCAGGGAUUCCAGGGGUUGAGGCAAAGACACAAGGCAAGGUUGGUGGCUCAGGGGUUUUCUCAGACAGAGGAGACUAUGAGCUAGAACAGAUGGAUGUCAAGACUGCAUUUCUACACGGUGACUUAGAAGAAAGGAUACUAAUGAAGCAACCAGAAGGUUUCAUUAAGAAAGGAGAUGAAAACAAAAGCGAGUAUGAUCAGUGUGUCUACAUGCGCAACAUUCAGAAUGAAAAUGCAGUCUACUUACUUCUCUAUGUGGAUGAUAUGCUAAUUGCAUCAGGCAGUUUGUCAGAGAUCAGAUUGGUAAAAGACAGUUUGAGCUCUAAGUUCGAAAUGAAAGACAUGGAUGCUACAACAACAACAACUCCACUUGCUACUCAUUUCAAGCUAAAAAGUUUAACUAAAGCAGAGAAAUUAGAGGAAGCAGUUCAUAUGGAGAAUACACCCUAUGCUAGUGCAGUGGGAAGUUUGAUGUAUGCAAUGAUUGGUUCAAGGCCAGACUUAGCAUAUGCAGUUGGGGUUAUAAGCAGGUUCAUGUCAAAUCCAGGGAGAGGUCAUUGGACAGCAGUGAAAUGGGUUUUACGCUACCUAAGAGAGUUACCUGUGAAGCGUGAAGGAGCUGAGGGAUUCUUCAGUUCCAGGUGGAGUAUCUGUGAAGAGAAGAUCAGAGGAAAGUCAGUUUUGGUUCAUCAGUCUGGGUUUUCUGGGUUUUCGUCAGAUCAGAGGAAAGUGUUUGCGAGAAAGGGUUUCUGGGUUUCUAGUUGUGGUUACCUAGGUUUUCUGAGCAGAGGAGGUCUGGAUCCGUCUUGUUCUUCUGGAUCUGCAAAGAAAGUGAAAAAGUCGGAGAAGGAUGUUUAA